AUAGUACCACAAAGGGUAUAAAUUUGGCAAUUUUGCACCGUUUUCUUUACCUUCUGCCAGGAUCUCCCAGCUCCACAUACUCAUCCUACUCCUGUUCUUUGCUCCUUCAGGGAAACGUUCAACCAACCAAAACAAAAUGGCUGACUUCUCCGGAAAAUGGGUGUUCGAUCACGGUGAGAACAUGGAGUUCCUCAUCGAGAAGCUGAAGAUCGACCCCUCCAAGAUCCCCUCGGACAAGAGCUCGACCGUCGAGAUCGUCCAGAACGGUGACAACUUCAAGAUCAAGACGACUGGAUCUGGUGGAAAGUCCCGUGAUAUCUCAUACUCCAUCGGCCAGUCCUUCAUCGACCCCGACAUCAAGGAGCUGAGGGGCAAGGAGAUCGAGGUCACCCCAUCAUGGCAGGGCGGCAAGCUAGUCCUCGCUGGUCCCAAGGGCAACUCAGCCACCAGGGAGAUGGUUGGAGCUCAGAUGGUUGUGACCUUCAACUGGGAAGGGCAGGCUGGAAAGAGAUUCUUCAACAAGGCUUAGAGCCAGGAAGAAUAAAAGAUUUUGUAUAAAACAUAGAUGAAAUAUUACAGUGAUUAGUAUCAUAGAGAGAUAUUUGUUAUCAAUGAACUCCCCGUCGCAUGUGGGCAACAAAAGUGUUUUUUUUAUCCAGAUGUAUCCUAGGCUGAUUCGUGCAUUUUAUAUCAUUCUUUUUAUUCGCCAAAUUCAACUAAGUUCACAAAAUAAAUUUUCAUCAGUCAAAAAAAAUCCUAAAACUAGUAAUAAUUCACUGGUUUAGAAUUGAACCUGCACUGAAAAUGUAUUUGACUCCGAGGUAUCAGCCCAUAAAAAGGUUUCUUCCACUUCACACAUUCGGUUUUCGGUUUACAACUUUUUUUGUUAACAACUUUACAAUGAACAUUUGACUUCAACUGAUUCUUCAGUGCCAUAGAGAGAUAUUUUGUAAUGAAAAUAAAUGUUUUGAUCUGUAAAUGAAAUAAAUAAAUGUCUAUCCAGCAAUAUUCAAGUCUAA